CCCGCAAUCCUCCCUUGUUCAACUGAAAGACCCCGUUUCGCAAGACGCUUGGAGCAGACUACGUCACAUGCUAACUCGCAGCGGAAGAAGAAGGCCACCGCGGCGGCGGCCGCCGCCUCCUCCAAGCGGGAGAGGGAGAGGGAGCGGGAGCGGAACAAGGAGGCGAACGAGGUCACCGUGGAGCUCCGCACAGUGGGGUUCGGCAAGGAGGUGGUGCUGAAGCAGCGGCGGCGGAUGCGUCGGAGGCGCCGCCUGGGCGAGGAGGAGCGCGCGGCCAUCCUGCUCAUGGCGCUCUCCUCCGGCGUCGUGUACGCCUGA